GAAUACUGACUUCCUUGUUGAGGAAGUGCAGGGCUAGCUAGUUAGCUAGUCGUCGGGUUAAACCCCCCAACACAAUAACGUAGAACAAAAGUAAAAAAAAAAACUAAACAAAAAAUUCCGAUUUUUAUGAACACUAUCGAACAGUUACAACAUGACUGAUAGUCCAGGAUUGCCAUCGGGGGAAGACCAGAAUUUAGAAAUACAGGGUUCUGUGACUGUAUGCAAUAUAGGAACAGAAGAGAGUCAGGAAGAAAAUGCUUUCAACGACAAGCAUUUUUACUGUGAAACCUGCCAUAAACUGUUUUUAGAUCAGUGUGAUGUUCAUGGACCACCAUUGUUCACCUAUGACUCUCCCACACCUAUGGGAGUUCCUCAGAGGGCACUUCUCACUCUUCCACAAGGGUUAGUCAUAGGUAGAUCAACAACUCCUGGGGCUGGACUUGGUGUGUUUAACCAGGGACAAAUUAUUCCUCUUGGGAUGCAUUUUGGGCCUUUUGAUGGGGAGAUCAGCAGCACUGAAAAUGCCCUGGAAAGUGCUUACUCAUGGAUUAUAUGCAGAGGGAGUGACCAUUAUGAUUACAUUGACGCAGAGAGGGACACUCAUUCAAAUUGGUUGAGGUACGUGGUUUGCUCACGGACUGAGAAUGAGCAAAACUUGGUGGCGUUUCAGCAGGCAGGGCGCAUCCUGUUCCGCUCUUGCCGCUCCAUCUAUCCUGGGCAGGAACUGAAAGUGUGGUAUGCAGAGGAGUAUGCUCAUAGUCUCAGCACUACAUGGGAUAAAAUCUGGGACAAGAAGUGCACAUUUACAGGAAGAAACAGUGAAGAAGCGUCACAGCUUUGUCUUUGCCCCUACUGUCAGUACUCUUUCCCAGCAGCUUUUUACCUACACAGACAUGUCAGGCGCUCACACCCAGACGAGUACCCACAUCUCUUGGAAGCCCAGACUCUUGAGACUUGUGACCAUACACCAGUUAUGAAUUUGGAUCAUUGCCUACUUGCUUCUGAUGCACCACCUCAAUCCCACAUGCAGCAAAUGACAAAAUCCUUUCAGAAUGAAUUUCCAACACUCAGUGGCCAGACUGAGCAAUCAAACCCAACUGAUCCACCACAUACCAAUAGCAGUAAUUUGAUGAACAAAACAGACCAGAGUGAUGGCAGUGGUGAAGAGGUGUCAGGGAACAAAUGUGGCGAAUGUGGGCGAACAUUUUUGCGGUCAUGCCAUUUAAAAAGGCAUCAGCGCACAAUUCACUCAAAAGAGAAGCCUUAUUGCUGUAGCCACUGCAGAAAAUGCUUUAGUCAGGCAACGGGGCUGAAGAGACAUCAGCAAACCCACCAGGGUGAAAAAGAGGGAACAACAGGUACAGAGCAAACAGAGAAAGGGGAUUCUGUCUACUCGUGUACUAAGUGUUCCUUCUCUUUCAUAACCAAACUUAAUCUCUACAGACAUCUCAAAAGACAUCACCAUGAAGAGUAUUUAAAAUUAGUUGAGAAUGAGUCUAAUGCAGAGUCAUCGCAGCAUGAAAACUCAUCAAACAAACACGAUCCUCCUUAUGAACCACCAGUCAAGCUUCGAAGGUCAGCUUUAAACCCUAACAGGGCUGGUAAUCAAAAGAGGAAAGUAUCUACAGGUCGACCUCGAGGCAGACCACCCAAAAUAAAAAAAAAACACAGCCAGAAACCAGUCAGGGACUCUGCUCAAGAGGACAAUCAGAACAAAAGUUUAGAGGUGGACCAGACUGCUACUGAGAACGAGAGUACAGCAGCCCCACAGUGGACUAAUGAAGGCAGCAAAGAGCCAAAAGAAAUGUCACAAGAGACUUCAUCGCAUGUUUGUGGCGAGUGCCUAAGAACCUUCAGCCACCUCCAUCUUUUAAAAAGCCAUGAAUGCAUUCAGCAGGGUGAUGGACCUCAUGGCUGCUCUCACUGCGAACUAUAUUUUAAUCGCCUGUGCAACUUGCGGCGACACGAACGCACCAUCCAUGCCAAAGAGAGGCCAUACUGCUGCACAUUGUGCCUUAAGUCCUUCACCCAGUCAUCUGGUCUGAAGCGCCAUCAAGAAAGCCACUCACGCCACAGAGCACAUCGCCAAAGCACAGCACUGGCCAACGCCACUAUUUACCCCUGCAGCCACUGCCCCUUCUCCUUUACUGGUGAGCGUUACCUAUACAAACACAUCCGCCGCCACCACCCAGAGAUGACUACAAAGUACUCGAGCUUUAAUGAGGGCGAUAUACCGUCCAAGGAUCAUAGUUGUACUCAAUGCUCCAAGACCUUUCAGACAAUUAGGGGUUUCAAGAAUCAUGCCUGCUUCAGGCAAGGGGACCAGCUGUACCUUUGUCCAGACUGUGGCAAGGCCUUCAGCUGGUUCAACAGUUUAAAACAGCACCAGCGUAUUCACACAGGAGUGAAACCUUACGCAUGCUCACAAUGUGAUAAGAGUUUUGUGCACUCGGGACAACUGAAUGUCCACAUGCGCACGCACACUGGGGAGAAGCCAUUUCUUUGUGCUGAGUGCGGUGAGAGCUUUAGGCAGUCAGGUGACCUGAGACGGCAUGAGCAGAAGCACUCAGGGGUGCGACCGUGUCAGUGCCCAGACUGUGGAAAAAGUUUUAGUCGGCCACAGAGUCUCAGGGCCCACCAGCAGCUUCACAAGGGCACCAAACUGUUUCCUUGUACACAGUGUGGCAAAAGCUUUGCCCGUCGUUAUCACCUUACUCGGCAUCAUCAGAAAAUGCACUCAUGAUUUUUCAUAGUUCGUUUAUUCAUAAAUAUAUGUAAUUUCUCUUAUGGCAAAGUUUUCUGUUAAAUGGUUUCUUUUUAAACUGAACACGUAGCCAUAUGGACAUGUAAUGAAAUGCUUAUUAAUUUCAGCGUUUGAGUGUUAGAUUGGAAUAGAGUGGGAUGGCACGAUGGUUUUGUUUAAUACAUAAGGAAAAAAACACCAGUGAGGUGCUUUAAGAGAAUGAUUGAUGUUAGUCAUUUAACAAUGCAUCUGACCGUUAACAAAUUGAGGUAAAAGCUACACAAAUAUUGAUAAAAAAAAAAAAACUAAAAUUUGUUCAAUAAGCAUACUGAGCCUAGAGUAUAUUUUAUCUCUAAUAUAAUAGUACUAGAUCUACCUGGGCAUGUUAUCUGUGAUUUUGUUUACCAGAUGUUCUAGCUCUAAAAAAAAAAGACAUAAUAAAGCCUUAAGAAUCAUAAUCUUAGUGAGUUGGAAAUAAAACUUGAUCACACUUAAUAAAAGUGUUUGUAAAUACUGAACACCUGGAAUUGUUGUGAUGGAUAAAUUAUGCUUUGUGGUAAUUGUGAUGCAUAUAUUCUAAAUCAUUUAUACAGAUGAACUCACUUUGGAAACACCUUGUACACAAAGUAGUUAUGGAUUCACAUUGUGACGGAUUUUAUAGUUUCAGACACCAACUUUUCUAACAACUCUGAAAACUCCAAAUGAGCUUUCAGUCAGAAAUCCUUUGCAAAUAUUCCACCAUUCACUCAAAAAUCACUUAAUUCGUGUUAAAGGUAUAGCUGGUGUAGCAGUGAGGCAGUCAGACAUUUUGUGAAAAUAUUCCUGAAUUGUUUGAAUGAAUGUGAGACUUUUGGCAUUUUACUUCCUUUUAAUAUUUCAUAUUUUAAACCAGUCACUCUUCAGUUUUUAAAUAUCCUGUCCUUUUACAUUUGUGAGAAUUUAUUUCUUCGUUUGUUUCACAUUUCCCUUUUGGUUCAUUUAUCAGGUUUUCCUUUUUUAAAUGAAAAGAUUUAAAAUUCUAAACAGAAUUCAGAACAGAAGUUAGGAAUAGACAGAUUUAUAUAUGCAUUAUAUGUAUUCAGCAUGUACUUUUGUAGGAGAAAGAAAAAAAAGCUUAUAUAGUAGACUACAAAACUUUCUAGUAUCUUGAUUUGUCUUAACCUUAAUGUAUAUUUAGGCUUUUAAAAGCUUUAUUUUAAUUUUGAUAAACUUCUUGCUAGUGCAUGCAUAUUGUAUCAUGAACAUUAAUAAUAAAUAUUACCUGAAAUUGUUAAA